AUGACGAUUGAAGUUUCAUUCUCUUUCAAUACCAGCAACUUUAAAAUGACCGAAGAAAAUAAACCAAAAGCACUUUUCAAUUGGAGUAGUGGUAAAGACUCUGCCUUUGCUUUGUAUAAAACAUUCCAAGAGAAUAAGCUAGAGGUUGUUACUCUGUUGACUAGCGUCAGUGAGGAGUUUGAGAGAAUCUCAAUGCAUGGUGUGCGUGUUGCACUUCUCGAGCAGCAGGCACAGAGCAUCGGUUUGCCAGUGACCAGAAUGAUGUUGCCAAAGGAUGUGUCGAUGGACGGCUAUCGUGAUAUCGUUGGAAACAAAAUGAAGGAGAUGCAAGAGCUCGGUGUUACCCACUCGAUUUUCGGUGAUAUCUUUUUGGAGGAUCUCAGAAAGUACCGUGAGGACCAACUCAACUCGAUCGGCAUGCAGGCGGUCUUCCCACUCUGGAAGAUCGACACCAAACAAUUGAUCCGUGACUUUAUUGACCUCGGAUUCAAAACUAUUGUCACUUGUGUCAAUGGUUCGAAAUUGGACAAGAGUUUUGCAGGCAGAAUUAUCGAUCACCAAUUUCUCGAUGAUUUGCCAGAGAGUGUUGACCAAUGCGGUGAGAAUGGUGAGUUUCAUACAUUUACUUUCGAUGGUCCAAUUUUCAAACACCCAAUCGAAUUUGAUAUUGGUGAAGUAGUUUCCAAGUCCUACCCUAAACCAAAGUCAACAUCCAAUACAUGUUCCACUGCAAUUACAAAGCCAUCAACAACAGAUUCCACAACAACGGAUGCGACAACUACAGAUUCCACAACAACAGAUUCCACAACUUCCACUACAGAUUCAACAACUUGCAAAGUACCAAAGAAUGGUGAUGAAAAAAGCAAUGAAGAUUGUAGAUGUUGUGAUGAUUUCAAAUAUGUAUUUUGGUUUUGUGAUCUAAUUCCAAAAGAAGGUACAAAUAAAGAAUAA